GAGCGCCAAAGCAUCAUUACUCCAUCAACACCUCGCAGAGACAGUGGAGAGCCGUGAGCACCUGUGUUCUCCAGAGUUGCAGCAUGUUUCCCGCGCCGCAUUUUCUUCACGUGGCUUUCUCUUAAUGCGCUGAACAUUUCUGGAGGACAUUUCUUUUCCAGCUCAUGUGACAUCUCAGCUGUCUUUGGAAUGAUGGGGACCUUACAUGACAGUAUUGGAUUUGUGCUCUUUUCCUGUUUGUCCAUUCAAGUUGGAUUUUCUCUCGAUGGAAUGUUUACCGAUUUCCCUACUAACAUCACUGCAAAGGAAGGGCAGAACAUUGAAAUGGCAUGUGCGUUUCAAAGUGGGAUGGCAUCAGUUUACUUAGAGAUCCAGUGGUGGUUUACUCGAGCUCCGGAGGAACUGAUUACAAGUGAGGAGGAUGAGGACGAUACUGAGAUGGAGCUGAUUCCAGAUCCAGAUCCUGAUGAAGAAGGGACUAAAAUAAGUACAGCCAAGGUCCAAGGCAAUGACAUCUCCCACAAUCUGCAGAUCUCUCGGGUGAGCAAGAAUGAUGAGGGUCUAUACGAAUGUCGCGUCACAGAUGCCAACUAUGGAGAACUGAAGGAGUACAAAGCUCAAGCCUACCUAAAAGUCAACGCCACCAUCCGCCCGCGCAACAGGGCCAUUAAGAAGAGCUCUCCGCUGCACCUGACCGAUAAGAAACCCCGCAAGAGCAGCUCAGCUCUCGGCCAGGACAGCAACGGCUUGAGUUCAGACCAGAAGUCCCAGUCCACUUCUACUUUGCAGACGUCACACUCCAAAACAGUGGAGCACAGCACAGGGUCAGGUAUGAGGAUAUCCAUGAGUAAUGGACUCGCUAUUCUGCUUCUCACGUCCGGCCUCAUGAGGGGAGCGUGGCUAUAGUUUCAAGACAAUGACUCUUUUUUUUUUCCCAGAAUCACUCUUAUUUCAGAGCCAAGAGAAAAUCGCCUGCUAUUUGGACGGAGCGGAAAGCACUGUUGUCCCUCAAUACUCCACCCAAUGUAGUCUAACAAUCAUCACCAGAAGCACCUUCGUUUCUAAAGCCUAGGAGAAGGAAACUGCCAUAAUGGACACGUGCUUCACACUAAAAUAAAACUCCGGACAGAACAAACAUGCACAGACGGGGUUUUGCACCCCAUAUAUUUUGGUUGUUUUUUGUUGACCUUUUAUCUCCAGCUGUGGAUUUAAUACAUGCUCUGACGUUCAGAAGAGUCUAUAUUUGUGUAACAUAUGAAUAUAUGAACAGAUAUACAGUAAUUAUAGAGUAUCUGCUUACAAAUUCCCUCCACUCUGUACAGCCAUUCACUUGUCGUAUAUUCAUAUGCAAAAGCAGCCUUGAAGUGAAAAUAACAGCACCACUGCUUAGUACAUAUUGUGUCUGGAUCGCUAACUGAGCUCAGCUUGACUAUGUGGUAAACUGCAGUGGUUUGCAUUGUUUUUGGCAUAUUACAUGUGCUGUAUGUUCGUUGACUCCUCCGUCCUGUUGGUAACUCUGUGUUCCUCACAUCAUGUGAGAGGCACAUAAAGCUAGCAUGUAGCAUUUGAGCAUAGCCAUCAAUGGCAGAAAUCAAAUCUCUCACACAAUCAUGUCAUUUCAGAGCAUCAUUUCAGUGUAGUUGAAAAGAUAUUGUUUGGCUCUUAUUUCCUUUUUUUUUUUUUUUUUUUUUGAGGGUUUGGAGGGGCAGACGAAUCGAUUGAAAGAAAUGUCCUGAGCUUUCAACCUUCACGAGUUACAUGACCUUCAGCACCACUGAAUGCUGUGAUUGUGUCCUCCUAAACAUCUCAAGUACAUUUCACCCACGUUUAAGUGCUGAAGAUGAUUGCUUUUCACCUCUUGAAGCGGCUGUCAUUUCCGCACUGUGUUUACCAUCUUCAAGAUCAUGCUGCAUCAUGGAUUUCCACUAAAGCUGAACAAAAUCUAUAGUUGUUGUGAAUUGGUUUUCUGUCUUUAUUAUUAUUAUUAUUAUUAUUAUUAUUAUUAUUAUUAUUAUUAUUAUUUAAUUUGUCUUUUUUGUCAAUUGAAAAUGGAAUGUCUUUCUGACUAAAAUACAAUAUAUAUUGAAUUUUUCAUUUUAUUUUGAGUGCAGAUUUCAAGCAGUUUGAAUUAUGAAAGAGGUUAACAUUUUCCCUAUAUCAAAUUGGCAUUGCAGGAUACCUUUAAGAAGUGUUUUAAAAUAAUUUAGCUUAUUCUAAUGCAAAAAGCACUUAAUUCAAAAGGUUAACUUACAUCACAAGUGAUUAAACACACUAUGGGCCCUAUCACACAGCCGGCGCAAUGCGAAGCAAGACGAAGCACAAUUGUGUUUGCUAGUUUCAGUCUGGCGCCGUUCGCAUUUUUCCAUCCAGCGCCAUCAUUUUUCUGUCAUUAAAAUAGACACACCUUGAGUCCAACUGUGCUGUGCACUUUACACUUUGCAUUUAGAUCAUUAGAAUAGGGCCCUUAAACACUAAAAUAUCCUCUACUGCAAACUAGAUGAAGAAGUAACUGACGGAUCUUAUUGUGGUUAAUCAGGGUCAGAUUGAACAUUUUGAGAUUAAUACCAAGAUAUAGUUUUUAAAAAGCAUCAAAUUGACAUAUUCCCCCAUGAUGCCCUUAUCAUUGUAUUUUAAAAGCAAUGAUAGUGGUUGAAAAUAAGACAGUGACAUUUAACCGAAACUGUGUUAUCAACAAGAACAGAGCGUUCUUCAAGGAAUGUCAAGGUUUUGAAAGGAAUCUGAAGCUGCGGUUGAUGGGAUUCAUUCUGCUUGACAUUCUGCUCUAGUAUUGAUGUCCUGAGGUGUUUUUAUAUCAUUUAACCAAAGACUGCUGAGAUGGGCACGUUGCAGUACUGUUUACAAACUACAUAAGAGCCCCAUGUUUUACACCAAAUCUGGGCUCGCUUUCUGAAAACUAUUUUUUACACUUAUGGUGGAGUUGUGUGUAGUGUUUGCUUCUCAGUUUUGGUUUUCAAGGCAUUUGCAUUGGGAUUAUUUUGGAUUAAAACAUGAAAUAUAGAAUCUCUCAACAACAAACACAAAACCAACAUGAAAUGCUGUUAAAAUACUGUCACCUAAGGGAUAUGUUCAUGCAGUGAUUUUUUCCUGCACUUUUAUUCUGUUAUGUGAUUAAUUAUGCUGUAUUUAUAUUAUCAAUACAAUAUUAUUAUAAAUAUAAUAUAUUAUAAAUAUUAUAUAAACAAGACACACAAUAGCCAAUUGCAUUAGAAAUUUAUGACACCUGAGGCAAAAACUCUUGUUUAAAAUUACAGUAAAAAAUGUUAUCCAUGUUAAAAUGAGAGUAAAAUUAGAGUCUUCUCCCAGAAUAUCCUUAAACAAGGUCAUGAAACAAACAACAAAAAAAUACACCAUGAUAUUUCUUUGAAUAAUGAGACGGGUCGUGCAAUAGAAGGUUGUUCAGCAAGAUUCUUUCCAAAUUUUACUCUUCAUAAUUGGAACAGUAAUCAUAAAACCAGCUGGAGGCUCUAAAUUCUCUGUAGAUUCAUGGGCAUGCGACUUUCAGUGCAGCUGCUAUCCAGGAGUUCUUCGUUGGUGAUGUACAGCGUAGGCUUGUUGAUUUAAGUAGGCUGAUCUACAUUAAACUUUGUUUUUAAGACGGCACUUUAAAUUAGGCACACAACACAGAUGAAGAUCCGCAUUGGUGUGUGCUCUAAAUAGACAAAACACCUAAACUAAAUCCAUCAGCUGCAUUUUAACACACCUGAGGUUAUAAAUACAGUCUGGUUGUCAUACUUCAAAAACAAACUCAUUUCAUUUCAAAGGUUUAUGUAGACAAGUAUUUUGAAUGGGAUUCAGAUGAAUAUAUUUGAUGCCUUGUACAGUCUGUGUAAAAGUCACUGUACACUAAAACAAGCCGCAUGAUUUAUUUCUAUUUCUGUUUGUUUCCUUUUUUACUCCAAGAGGAUAAACUGUUACAGUCGUGAUUAACUCAAAGGACAGCAGUGUUAUAUGUGUGUUUUUGUGUCGCCAUCUGUUUGGAGAGCUCAACGGGAUAGACUUUCCAUCCUUUGGGAUGUCGUUUUGGGCCAAACCUCUGGAGAUAUUAGCUGGAUUUUGGAAAUCUGAACAGCAGCAGCUGAAUCUGACAGAACAGAGAUUAUGUUUGACGAAAUGGACACUCAAAGCAAUGAGCAAAGAUGGAGCCGCUUCUUGGAUCUCUGGAUAUUGUUUUGGAUGCUUAUGGUUAGACGUGUUGAUUUCUGCAUGUGAUAAACCCAUUGUACAAGCAUACAGAGAUCAAUCCUUCCACUACUGGGAUCUGUAUUUCAGAAAGUUUCAUCCGGGGUAGGAUCUUCUUCAAAUGCAUCAUCACCGGCAACACAAGGAAUCGGUGUAUAUAAGGAUCACCUCUUCGCCAUCUUGUUGGAGUCUUAAUUAAAUGUUUAUCUGAUUCUUUCUAAUACAUGACAUAAGAAAAAAAAUAUAAAGCUGUCACGGCAUAAGCAAAGCUGAAGUUUGUAAUAUAAAAUGAGCCAAAUUUUAAUAAAAUAUCU